AUGGCGUCCACUGAUGUUCUUUCUCACACCCUCUCCUCCAUUACAUCCAUUAAGCUCGAAGAGAUUUCAAGCCAGAGAUCUGCAUUCGAGAAAGGUAAGGCAGACCUUCUCCAAGCAGUGUCGAAUGAGCCCAAGCAAAGCGAGAAACUCCGCAUCUUGCUGGAUAACAUUGAGGAACUUGCUUCUAUGGGCAAGCUCAAAGAUAAAAAAUCUAUCUCUUUGUCAAACAUUCGUAUUUUUCUUCAACAAUCUCAGCAUGACCCAUCAGUUUCGGAAGACCUUCUCAAGGAUUGGCAAGAAAAGCUCGAGAAGGAGCUCGACAUUCAUUCGUUGAAGUAUGAAUAUGCCUCGCUGUAUGGUCGCCUUGUCAAUGAAUGGCUCUCGGCCUCAGAAGAUAAUGCCGCGUCUGAUAACGGCUUUGAGAGCGUCCGCCGAAAGGAGAUGCACGAGCAGCGGCAGAAGUGGGAAGAGUUUGUGUUUGAGCCUUUAGAAACUGAUCCCGCUGCCAUUGAGUCAUACCUCACCAAGCUCUUCACCUCGACGGAUGACAUUAAAAACGCCUGGCAUGAGCUGCGACAUCAGACCACAGUUUUCGAAAAAGAAAUGGAGAAUCAAACGCACUUCGACGAGGACUCCCUAAGAUGGGUGAUCAAUGGUCUCCUCCGUAGCGAUCUUCUUACCGACGAAAAACGCGCCAUUCUCAAGGACUUUCAAAGCAAAAAGGUCGUCCUCGCUGAAGUCGCUGACGUCUUAAAUAUGCGUAUGUCUUCACUCGACAAGUGGAAAUGGGCCUCGGAAGGAACACCUGUGGAACAACGGCGCCAAAUCAACGGCCGCUACCGUUUUUACCACGACGAAGAUCUUCUACAAACUAUUCUCCUCCGUUACAUUGGCGUGAAGUGGUCGGUUUUUUUCAAGCAAACGCUUACCACGUUCAAAAACUCCUCCAAUGUCUGGGCUAGCUUGUCUCCACAAGUUCCAAAAGCAGAUAAACUCAAGCGCGAUUACUUCCUUGGUCACUCUCACGACCGUCUUGGAAACGUCGAAGCUACCAGAGAACAACACUUCAAUUCUGAUAUCUUCCUCGAGCAGCUCCAACAUUCUCCGGAAGAACAACGAGGCGGCUACGCCGAUGACGACGCAGAAAAUGCAAACGAUACACGUAGAUCCCCUACAAAAAUCACUCAAUCAGUGCUCCACACUCUGGCCACAGAAAUUAUCAUGCAAACUCGUUUCGGCAACCCUUUGACUGUCGUCCGUUCCGAUUUCACCUGGUUUGGUCCUUCUCUCCCUCAUACGAGUAUGUUCUCCGUAUUAUCCCAUUUCGGCGUUUCCACCAAAUGGUUAUCAUUUUUCCGCCGUGCUCUCGAAGCGCCCAUGGUCUUUCCCUCCGAUGGACCAUCCGCUCCUGUUCGCAUUCGCAAGCGUGGGACUCCAAUCAGUGGCCCACUGAGUGAUAUGCUCGGCGAAACUGUCCUCUUCUGUCUUGAUUUUGCUAUGAACAAUCGGACUAAUGGCGCACGUCUUUACCGUCUACACGACGAUAUAUGGUUCUGGGGCAGCUCCUCCGUUUGUGUAUCUGGCUGGCAAGUUAUGCAAGAAUUCGCCUCUCUCAUGGGGCUCUCUUUCAACGCUGAUAAGACGGGUUCCUGCACUGUAACUCGCCAUCCUACCAUCAUCACCCCGCCUCCUGCGUCGCUACCGCAAGGGCUUGUUCGUUGGAGCUUCCUGUAUUUAGAUCCUCUUACUGGACGAUUUUUGAUUGACCAAAAACUAGUCGACAAUCACGUCAAGGAAUUAAGUCUUCAAUUAAAAGCCUGCAAAUCCAUAUUCGAUUGGAUUCAAGCUUGGAACAUCUACGGUUCUCGAUUCUUCUCCACGAAUUUCGGCCGACCAGCCCACUGUUUCGGACUCGCCCACGUCGACGAUAUUCUCACCACAUUUUCGCGAAUCCAAACCCAACUCUUUUCCGAAACCGGUGGUUCCGUCACCUCUACUCUCAAGUCCAUGCUCCAUUCUCGCUUCGGUGUCGAAAAUAUCCCAGAGGGUUAUCUCUAUUUCCCCAUGUCCAUGGGAGGUCUCGAUCUCAAAUCUCCUUUCGUACCGCUUUAUCUUAUCCGCGACCAGGUCAUGAAAAAUCCAGAUGAAGCUAUGGAUACAUUUUUCCAGAAAGAGCGAGCUGAUUACGAAACCGCGAAAAAGGUACACGAAAAUGGUGAUUCUAUGCUUGCACGCAGUGGACUUAAACACGAUCCGGCUCUUGAAAGCGUCGGCUUUCCAUCGUUUGAAGAAUAUACAAAGUAUAGAGAACGCACGUCGAGCCCUUUGCAUGCUGCGUACGAUGUGUUGAAGUCUGAGCCCGAGGAAUGUCGGGUUGAUGUUACGGUGGGGAGAGAACUGUUUGAGAAGAGAGGGAGACAGCGGGAGGAAAUGUCGGAAUAUCAGAAGUGGAUUGUGCAGUUGUAUGGAUCGGAUAUGGAGGAGAGAUUUGGAGGGUUGAAUGUUGUGGAGAAGGGAUUGCUUCCUACGGGAAUGGUGGGGAUGUUUAGAGAGAGUAGGUUUAAGUGGCAGGGAUGA